CCAUACAGUGGUAAUGCAUACGCACCCCGGCUUCACUUUGUGUCACACAUCGCGCACAAAGCUUCGCCAUGGAUCGAAAGCAACAUGAAGGCGAGCAAAGCGACGUGUUCGCCGGCUUCCGCACUGCCUUUAAAUCUUUUGCCACAGAGGCGAUUCAUGUUGGCCAGGAGCCGGAGCAGUGGAAGUCAAUGGCUGUAGUGCCGCCGAUAUCUCUUUCUACCACUUUCAAGCAGCUCGAACCAGGAAACCAUGCAGGGUUUGAAUAUAGUCGGAGUGGAAACCCUUCAAGAAACUGCCUGGAGAAGGCUGUGGCAGCUAUGGAUGGAGCAAAGUACUGCCUGGCUCUUGCUUCGGGGCUGGCAGCCACAGUGACCAUCACUCACAUGCUCAAGACAGGAGAUGGCAUUGUCUGCAUGGAUGACGUGUACGGAGGCACAAACCGUUACUUCCAAAGGAUCGCCAAGGAAAUGGGUCUGGAGGUGUCUUUUGCUGAUUGUACAAAACCAGAGCUGCUCAAGGCCACUCUGAAGCCCAACACCAAACUGGUGUGGAUCGAGACGCCUACUAACCCAACCAUGAAGGUUGUCGACAUCAAAGCCUGUUCUGAUUUGGUCCAUGAGCACAACAAAGACAUAGUGGUAGUAGUGGACAACACCUUCAUGUCUGCCUAUUUCCAGCGCCCCUUGGCUUUGGGAGCUGAUAUCUGCAUGUGUUCAGCCACAAAAUACAUGAACGGUCACAGUGAUGUAGUCAUGGGUCUGGUCUCAGUAAACAGGGACGAUCUGCAUGAGCGACUGAAAUUUCUGCAGAAUGCACUGGGUGGUGUACCGUCUCCCUUCGACUGCUAUCUGUGUAACCGUGGCCUGAAGACUCUACAUCUACGGAUGGAACGGCACUUCAAGAAUGCCAUGGCUUCUGCCAAGUUUCUGGAAGCUGACCCCAGAGUGGAGCGUGUCAUCUUCCCAGGCCUGCCCUCUCACCCCCAGUAUGAAGUGGUGAAGAGACAAUGCACCGGAUGUCCGGGGAUGAUCACCUUCUACAUCAAGGGGAAGCUCGAGCAUGCCACCACCUUCCUCAGUAGCCUCAAAAUGUUUGCGAUAGCUGAGAGUCUUGGUGGUUACGAAAGUUUAGCAGAACACCCGGCAAUUAUGACUCAUGCAUCAGUGCCAGAAAAUGAGAGGAGUGUCCUGGGAAUCAGUGACACACUCAUUCGACUCUCUGUGGGACUGGAGGAUGAGGCUGAUAUCAUUGAAGACCUGGAGCAAGCACUGGCUGCUGCUCAUCCAAAGAAGAAGUGAAACAUCUUCAGGGCAUCCUCGAGGCUGAGGUUGAAUCAGUCGCACUCAGAAUGAACACCAGAGGUACUUGAAAUCAUCUCAGUUCAACACACGAACAGCAUAGAUUCACUUAUCAGGGAACAACUUGUUCUUGAAAUUAUACAAAUCAUGAUAUCUGUGAAUAAUUAACAUAAUUUUUACUUGAUAAUCUUAUUGAUGCAUAUUUUGCUAGACCAUCAGUUGUUAUCUUAUUUAUCGUAUGCAGGUUUUGCUUUGUUUUUAUGUUUGUUUGUGUUUUGUUUGGAGGGCUUUAAUGGAGCAAAGUGAUACAAAGUCCUGUUCUGUCAAGACUGAUACUAAAUGAGGUUCUGCAGGAAAAAAAACACCAAACAGAAUACUUUCCUUAUAAACUAGCAACAACCAUCUACUUCAGGUUGUAUCCUCGUUUGAUGCACAGAACCUGCCUUCCAAAUGAAAAGUUUUAUAUCACUAUUAUGUCCUUAGUGCAUCUGCAGCUGUAGUGUACUUGCCUUAAUUCUUAAUUCUUACUGGCAUAUUUUGUAAAACAUGUAAUGUGUCUAUGUAUUAAUGAGAAUACAAACUAACAAGACUGAGACAGAGAUCAUGCUGCCACCUACUGUCCAAAAGUCAAAACAUUUUUCUCUGUCUUCCCUGUCACCAUCUGUACAGCUUUAUGGAAGCAUUAGAUGACUGUCCUCACACCACGAAGAACAAAUAAUCCUCAAAAAUGAAUGAAUAGAAAUAUGUGUAAUUAAAUGCAUAAGCACAAGUUUUGUUUGACUAGAAUUGUGUGUGCUUUGUUAAGAAGAGUAGAGGAAUCCACUUCCUCAUGUUUGAGACUGAUCAGGAUAUUUGCCAAGAAUAAAGGAGUGUUUGUUACACA